AAUAUAAAGUCGCAAAAAGAAGAUUUCGACUGAGUAUGAGUAAUUUAUAUUUUGACAGAUUUGGCACGGUUUCGGGUUUGGAAACUUUUAAGUGUACAACGUAAGACAUAGAUCAUCUUGUCUGAUAUUUGAGAACUUUCCAAACACAAAUACUAGGCCUAUAUUUGGUAACAAGGAGAAACAAGCGUUACUCGCUACUUUGUUAGGUGUGGUUUAUUACACACUAUAGACUAUAGUAUAUAGUUGAAACAGGAACUUGCUUGCGCAACUUCAGUUUAAAACAGUCGAUAAGUAAAAGAGAAAAACAUGGCAUUAAGGAUUGUUAAAUCAGGAUACCUGAAACGUUUUAGUAAAAGUAUGUUUUCUGGUGGAUGGAAGGACAUUUGGUUAGUUCUUUAUGACAACAGUGACUUGUGCAUGUAUAAUCGACAAGGCGAUCUUGAAAUUAAAGCUAAAAUUCAUAUGAAGGAUGUAUGUAAAAGAUUUGCCUUCGGGGAAUACACGAGUGGCUUCCCUAACAGACCUGAACUUCCGAGAGGAGCAUCUUAUGACAGCGUGUUGGCCAUCCCUCACAAAAACAACAGUCAGGCGAAGGUGUUUUGGUUCCUCUGUCAUAAUAGCAAUGAGCUCCAUGAGUGGAUGAAUGCUCUUUGUCAAGUUCUUCCGAACCCUGAUCAGCAGCAGCAGCCUUCAGGAGGGGUCCAUCCCAGCAGCUCAGCAGGUGUCCUUACUGCAUCAGCACCACCCCCAUACAGUGCAGCACCACCAGGGCCAGGUCUCGGUUUUGACAGUUUAGCUGGAGGACAGGCACCUUACCCAACACAACCUGGUGGGUUCCCCCAGGCCCCUCCCCCUCAACCAUACAUGCCACCCCAAGGGUAUCCCCAACAGCCAGCAGGGUAUCCCCAACAGCCAGCGGGGUACCCCCAACAGCCAGCCGGAUACCCACAACAGCCAGCCGGAUACCCUCAACAGCCAGCCGGAUACCCUCAACAGUACCCCCAGCAACAGUAUCAACAGUAUCCACAGCAACAGCAUCAACAGUAUCCACAGCAACCUUAUCAGCAACCGUACCAGCAACCCUAUGCACAAGGAUAUCAACAGCAAUAUGUGGUUAAACCACAGAAAAGCAAAAGUGGAGGAAUUCUUGGGGGUAAUAAAGGCAAAAUGGCAGCAGGUCUGGUCGGGGGAGCUGUCCUGGGUUACGGAGCAUCGAGAAUGAUGGGGCAUGGUUUUGGUGGACCCUUUGGGUGGGGCAUGGGUCACCAUGGAAGUUGGAGUUCUCUAAGUAGCUUUGGAAGUGUAGGAAGUUUUGGUAGCUUUGAUUGAAAUUGAAAGAAAAUACCAUACCAUUGAGAUAUCUACAACAUUUGAAAAAAUAUUUAUUGUUCAUGGUGAAUUGAAUUUGUAUCAGAUUUUUUUACCUGAAUAUUUGAUUGUUUCUGUGCUGUUUUGUGAUAUGCAUGUAAACAUGUAUUAUAUAGCCUAUUUAAGUUUCUGUUACUAGAAAUAUUCGAGAUCCGAGUGAAGUUUCUAGUGGACGACAGAGGUUCAAAAUCUAGGUCACUUCUGGAUUAAAUAUACUUGAUCUUUGACUGGCAAACUUGACAUAUAUCAACAAGGUCCUACUUUUCAGGAUACUGGUAAUAAAUUAUAUACAUAUACAUGUAUUUAGAAGAUCUCUUUAUUUUGCUUAUAAUCUUCUCUUGUUCAAAAUGAAGAAAUUUAAAGUACACAUUUAUACAGGACAAUUUCCAGUAAUGGAAGUGUCUUCUUUAAAAAAAUAUUUUGUUGGGAAGUUUAGGGAUCUUCAAAAGUUUAUUGAAAUGUGAAACCAUGUUACAUGUACAAUUAUCACCUUACAAGAUUUUGUUUGAAAAAAAAGUACCACCAAUGUGCUUGUGUUUUAACUAUCUGUGUUGAGAUUCAGCUUGGCUGAAUAUUUGUACUGACGCCGUGGUGAAGGUGUCAAUCCAAAUAUUCAGCCAAGCCGAAUCUCAACCGCGAUUAGUGUUUUAAUAAAAGGGCAUACAAUUGUAAAUGAAAAUGCAGUAAUACUUAUUUGAGCCCUUCUGUAUACCUGCGGUUGUGGCCAUGAUGUUUCUUAGACAAUAUGGCUGACACAUAGUGUAACAUUUUAACUGUAAGAUAUUGUUCAGUGAUAUCUGAUAUUUUAAUCUAAAGACUUGUCUCUGAUUAUUUUAGAAAAAGUUCAACAUGAUUCUGAGAGUGUGAUAGCUCUAGAAAUUCUAUUAAUCAUUCUCUUUAGAUCUCUGUGCCUCCGUGUCCAGUGUUAAGCUUUAUUUGUACAUGUAGUAAAUCUGACUUUAUUUAUGUUACCACUCCUUAAGAUUGUGAAACUUGUUGUGAUUUAAAAUUUAAAUGUAUAUCAUAUCGUAAUUAUAUUUGGUAUCCUUUAUGUAUAUGUAUUAUAUAGAUAGGUAGGUAUAUACAAUAUAAAACAUGUGAAAGUAUGACUUGUUUCAGCUUUGUUUACAAUGUGUAUAAGUUAUGGAUAAUUGAUUUAUAUAUAUAUAAUAACCUGACACAAUACACUAUAAUCACAAUAACAACAGAAUACAAACUUUUGAAGGACAUUUUUAAUGACUAAUGUUAAUGUUACAGUAGUUGCACAUUUUCAUUUGUUAGUUUAUUCCUAUAAUGAAGCAGGGUUUGUACUAUGAUUUUUUAAAUUCAUUUUUAUGAUCUACAUACCCACGUGUUCAUUUUAUGCCCAACUCUAGUUAGCUAUGAUUUACAUUCAUUUAUUUGCUAAAAUUCUAUAUUUUCCUCUUCUCGUGAACUACUGCAGGAAUUUAAACUUUUCACAAAAGAAUAUUGAGUAAAUGGGCUAUAAGCUUGUUCAAAAAGAAAGUCUUACACCUGGAAGAUAAUUAGAAGAGAAAAUGGGAUAAUCACAAAUAUACACGGAUUGGGAAUUUUUCAUAAGUAAUGUUCUUGCAAAUGAAAAGAAACCCCAUCUCUUUGUCAGUUUAAUAACCAAACAUCCUUCUACCAGGUAUUUGAAAAUUCAUAUUGUUUAAAUCAUAAUCCUUCACUUUGUCUGGGUAAAAAAUGUGAAGGCUACUCGAGUGCGUAUUCUGUUAUUUUUUUAUUUUUUUUUACAUGUAUGGCAUGUUUACUAAUUGUUGAUGAUAUUUAAUGCAGAUUUUAUUUAAAUACAUGUAGAUAUGUACAUUUGUAUUGAUAUUUAACAUGUAUUGAUUUUAUUUCACAUGAUCUUGAUGGUGGGGACAGUUGUAGAAAUGUAGGUUAUGUUGUAUAAUUCAUGAACAUGUAUAUUGUGCUGGAAGUAUGAUCAACAAGGUUUUCACAAGUUACGUUCCUACAUUGCAGCAGUGUUUUUCAAUAAAGAAUAUGUGAACUCUCA